UCUGGUACAAGUCGAUCACAUUCAGCAACCAUGAGGGUGCUAGUACUAGCUCUCACCGUGGCCUUUGCAGCAUGCCACCAGGUCAGCUUUGCCCCAGAAUUUGCAACUGGAAGGACUUACGUGUACAAAUAUGAAGCACUUCUGAUGGGCGGCCUGCCUGAGGAGGGUCUGGCACGGGCCGGUGUGAAAGUGUUGAGCAAAGUUAUGAUCAGUGCAGCAGCUCCUGACACCUUCAUACUGAAGCUUGUAGACCCUGAAAUCUUUGAGUACAGUGGCAUCUGGCCCAAAGAUGCUUUCAUCCCAGCCACCAAGCUCACCUCAGCCCUGGCUGCUCAGCUCCUGACACCCAUCAAGUUUGAAUAUGCCAACGGUGUUGUCGGCAAAGUAUUCGCACCCGCUGGCGUCUCUGCAACUGUGCUGAAUGUCUACAGAGGAAUCCUUAACAUCUUCCAGAUGAACAUCAAGAAGACACAGAAUGUCUAUGAGCUACAGGAGCCUGGAGUUCAGGGAGUGUGCAAGACCCACUACGUCAUCAGUGAGGACGCAAAGGCUGAACGCAUCUUGUUGACCAAGACCAAGGACCUGAACCACUGCCAGGAGAGAAUCAUUAAGGACAUCGGCUUGGCUUACACAGAGAAAUGUGCUGAGUGUGAGGCUAGAGGAAAGACCCUGAAGGGAGCCGCAGCCUUUAACUAUGUCAUGAAGCCAGCACCCACAGGUGCUCUGAUCUUGGAGGCAACUGCUACAGAGCUCAUCCAGUUCUCACCUUUCAACAUCUUGAACGGCGCCGCCCAGAUGGAGGCUAAGCAAAUCUUGACCUUCCUGGAGGUUGCAAAGACCCCAGUGGAGCCCAUCAGAGCUGACUAUCUUCACCGGGGAUCCCUGCAGUAUGAGUUCGGCAGCGAGCUUCUCCAGACACCGAUCCAGCUUCUGAGGAUCAGCAAUGCUGAGGCUCAAAUUGUUGAGAUUCUGAACCACCUAGUGACCUUCAAUGUGGCCAAGGUCCAUGAAGACGCACCUCUGAAGUUUAUUGAGCUCGUCCAGUUGCUGCGUGUGGCCAAACUUGAGAGUAUUGAGGCCCUCUGGACUCAGUUCAAAGUUAGACCCGAUUACAGGCACUGGAUUUUGAAUGCCGUUCCUGCCAUUGGUACUCAUACUGCUCUGAGGUUCCUCAAGGAGAAGUUCAUCGCUGGUGAGCUGACUAUUGCUGAAGCUGCCCAAGCUCUGCUGGCUUCUGUGCACAUGGUGACAGCUGACCUGGAGGCCAUCAGGUUUGCUGAAGGCUUGGCUAUGAACCACAAAAUUAGAGAAAACCCAGUCCUGCGUGAGAUUGUCAUGCUGGGCUACGGCACCCUGGUGGCUAAAUACUGCGCAGAGAACCCAUCUUGCCCAGCUGCGCUUAUGAAGCCCAUCCAUGAGAUCGCUGUCCAGGCUGUUGCCAGAAGUGAUAUUGGGGAACUCACUGUUGCUCUUAAAGUUCUGGGUAACGCUGGACAUCCUGCCAGCCUUAAGCCAAUCCUGAAGCUCCUGCCUGGCUUCGGCAGUGCUGCUGCCAAUCUGCCACUGAGAGUUCACAUUGAUGCUGUUCUGGCCCUGAGGAACAUUGCCAAAAAGGAGCCCAAGAUGAUCCAGGAAAUGGCUGUUCAGCUGUUCAUGGAUAAGGCUCUCCACCCAGAGCUCCGAAUGGUUGCUGCUGUCGUGUUGUUUGAGACCAAACUGCCCAUGGGUCUGGUGACUACCCUUGCCGACACACUCUUGAAAGAAACAAACAUGCAGGUUGCUAGCUUUGUCUACUCUUACAUGAAGGCCAUGACGAAGAACACUGCCCCUGACUUUGCCUCUGUUGCUGCUGCCUGUAAUGUUGCUGUGAAGAUCCUCAGCCCCAAACUUGACAGACUGUGCUACCGCUUCAGCAGAGCUCUCUAUUUUGAUGCCUACAGCAACCCCUGGAUGAUGGGUGCCGCUGCCAGUGCCUUCUAUGUCAAUGAUGCUGCAACUAUUUUGCCAAAAGCCAUUUUGGCCAAAGCUCGCACCUACCUGGCAGGAGCUUAUGCUGAUGUCUUAGAGUUGGGAGUGAGAACAGAGGGAAUCCAGGAGGCCUUAAUGAAAAUCCCCAAGGCUCCUGAGAAUGCUGAAAGGAUCACCAAGAUGAAACAAGUUAUGAAGGCUCUCUCCGAAUGGAGGGCUCAUCCUUCAAGCCAGCCCCUGGCCUCUGUGUAUGUGAAAUUCUUCGGACAGGAAAUUGCAUUUGCCAACAUUGACAAAGCCAUGGUUGAUCAGAUUAUUGAGCUUGCCACUGGACCUGCAAUUCACACUUACGGAAGGAAGGCUUUGGAUGCGCUGCUGUCUGGUAUAGCUGUGCAUUAUGUUAAGCCUAUGCUGGUUGCUGAGGUUCGUCGCAUCAUGCCCACUGCUGUUGGUCUGCCAAUGGAGCUAAGUUUCUAUACUGCUGCUGUGGCUGCUGCAUCUGUUGAACUCCAAGCCACUGUGACACCACCUCUACCCGAAACCUUCCAUGCUGCUCAGCUUCUUAAGUCCGAUAUCAACCUAAGGGCAGCAAUUACCCCAAGUGUCUCCAUGCACACCUAUGCAGUUAUGGGCGUGAAUACUGCUUUGAUCCAGGCUUCCUUACUGUCAAGAGCCAGAGUUCAUACAAUUGUUCCUGCAAAGAUGGAAGCAAGAAUUGAUAUGAUUAAGGGCAACUUCAAGUUCCAGUUCCUGCCUGUUCAGGGUGUCGAUAAGAUUGCAUCUGCACUUGUUGAGACCUUUGCUAUUGCAAGAAAUGUGGAAGACCUCGCAGCCGCCAAGAUAACACCAAUGAUUCCAGCUGAAGCUGCAGCUCUGCUGUCAAGACAGACCUUCUCCUCAAGAGUUUCUAGGAUGGCAUCCUCCCUGCUUGGUAGCAUUUCAGCAUCAUCGGAAAUCAUUCCUGUUGAUGUGCCAAGCAAAAUUGUCAACAAGAGGAAAAUCCCCAGGGCCUUUGAGAAGAAAAUGUGUGCUGCAUUUGAAACCUUUGGAAUCAAGGCAUGCACAGAGAUCGAAUCUCACAACGCCGCUUUCAUCAGAAACUGUCCACUCUACGCCAUAAUUGGAAAACAUGCUGUCUUGGUUGAUGUUGCUCCAGCUGCUGGACCCGUCAUUGAGAAGAUUGAAAUUGAGAUUCAGGUUGGCGAUAAAGCAGCAGAAAAGAUCAUCAAAGUGAUUAACUUGAGCGAGGAAGAUGAUAUUCUUGAGGACAAGAAUGUCCUGAUGAAACUCAAGAAAAUCCUGGUUCCUGGUCUGAAGAACAGCACUUCCUCCAGCUCCAGCAGCUCCCGCUCCAGCAGCUCCCGUUCCAGCAGCUCCAGCUCUAAGCGCAGUUCAAGCGCCUCUUCCUCUGUAUCAUCCAAGUCUUCCUCCAGCUCCUCUUCUCGCCGCCAGAGCAAGAUGGUUGACGUUGUUGCCCAGGGAAGCAAGGUAUCAAAGAGACUGAGCAGCCGCUCCAGCAGUGCCUCCAGCAGUCGAUCAAGUAGCCGCUUCAGUAGCCCUUCAAGCAGCCGCUCAUCUAGCCUGUCUAGCAGCCGCUCUUCCAGCUCCAGCUCCUCCAGGUCCAGCUCCAUGUCAAAGCAAGACCUGUAUGACAUGAAGUUCAUCAAGAGCCACAUCCACCAGCAUGCAGUCUCCACAGCCCGUGCAAACAGCAAGAGCAGCGCCCACAGCUUCGAAGCCAUCUACAACAAGGCCAAGUACCUCGCUAGCACCGUCACUCCUGCUGUGACCAUUCUCAUUCGCGCUGUAAGAGCUGACCACAAGGUUCAGGGAUACCAGAUUGCAGCUUACUUUGACAAAACAACUGCCAGACUGCAGUUUAUUUUUGCCAACCUGGCUGAGAAUGACCACUGGAGAAUCUGCGCUGAUGGUGUCCUGCUGAGCAACCACAAGCUGAUGGCCAAGAUUGCCUGGGGAAUUGAAUGCAAACAAUACGCAACUGAGAUCACAGCUGAAACUGGUCUUGUGGGUAAAGUGCCUGCCUUCCGCCUGAAGCUGACCUGGGACAAACUUCCACAACGCAUGAGGCGCUAUGCACAGCAGCUGUCUGAGUACAUUUCACGUAUCACUCAGUACAUCGGAGUAACCCAGUCAAAGGUCAAGAAUGAACGUAAUCAGAUCAAACUGACUGUGGCUGUUGCUUCAGAGAAAACCCUGAAUGUUGUGUUGAAGACACCAAAGAGGACCAUCUACAAACGUGAUGUGGAUCUCCCUGUUUAUCUGCCAUUUGGAGACACUGCUGCAGAGCUGGAACCAUACCAGGACAGCUUAGCUGACAAGAUCACCUACAUGGUCACCAAGGCUCACGCAGCUAAGUGUGCCAUGGUCAAAGACACUCUGAUUACCUUCAACAACAGGAAAUACAAGAACGAAAUGCCCCACUCUUGCUACCAGGUUUUGGCUCAGGAUUGCAGCUCAGAACUUAAAUUCAUGGUUCUGCUGAAGAGAGACCAAACACAGGAACAGAACGAAAUCAAUGUGAAGAUUGCAGACAUUGACGUAGACAUGUAUCUGAAGGACAGUGCUGUCAUGGUGAAGGUCAACGGAGUAGAGAUCCCCAUCAACAACCUGCCAUACCAGCAUCCAACAGGCAAGAUUCAGAUCAGAAAGAGAGGUGACGGCGUUGCUCUUCACGCUCCCAGCCAUGGUCUUCAGGAGGUCUUCUUUGAGCUGAACGCACUGAAGGUUAAAGUUGUGGAUUGGAUGAGGGGACAGACCUGUGGACUCUGUGGAAAGGCUGAUGGGGAAUUCAGACAGGAGUUCCGCACACCCAACGAACGGCAGACCAAGGACGCAGCCAGCUACGCUCAUUCCUGGGUUUUGCCUGGAAAGAGCUGCCGCGAUGCCUCUGAGUGCUACAUGAAACUUGAAUCUGUGAAACUGGAAAAGCAAAUGAUCCUCUAUGGCCAGGAGUCCAAAUGCUACUCUGUUGAGCCUGUGUUGCGCUGCCUGCCCGGCUGCAUGCCAGUGAGAACCACCACUGUCACUGUUGGCUUCCACUGCCUGCCUACUGAUUCCAACCUGAAUCGUUCUGAGGGUCUGAGCAGCAUUUAUUAUAAAAGCGAGGACAUGAAAGAUUCAGCUGAGGCCCACCUGGCCUGUCGCUGCAACGCCCAGUGCGCUUAAUCUCUCUUCAAGUUUGUUUUGUCCCUUUCAUUGUUAAUUAAUCUAAACUGUAAACUUAAAUAAACUAAAGAGGCAUAUGUGGAUCAUGUGAUGUUCAGCUUCUUCAAAAAUUUAAAAUCACAAUGACUAAAAAUAUCUUAAAUGACAAACCUUUUUCUUCACAAUCUCUAAAUCACAAACUCUAAACUAUGAAUUUGUGAAGCCACAGCUUGAAUGUGCUAUAUUUGUAGUGGAAAUGUUCUGUGGAGAAACAGUAUGUCAUUUUACAGUCCUGAUUCUCUGGAGUCUACCUUCACAACAGUGUUGUUCUUGUUACAGUACAAUGAUCUUGUCCAUGAUAUCAAAAAUCAAUAAAGCCCUAAAGCAUAAUCAGAAA